CCUUUCGAGAAUCGACGAGACGAUUGACGACGGCAGCGACGAAUCAGCGAAAAGCAUGAAUUUUUGAAUUCUUUCAAUCAAAUUUGACUGUGCUUGCCAGACAAGACAAUUUACUACACAUUCGAAUAGUGUCAAAGGUAAAUUAUUGCUCAAGAUAAAAUAAACUUAGGGAAUAAUAUCGAAACGGGUACGAUGAAAUAGGAACGGAUACAUAUUUGAUACAGCAGUUCUUCGACGCAACAUACCUAUCACAUUUGAUCUGACACUAGAACGAGACAAUCAUGCAUCGUGCGAGGGUAAUUUUUCAAGUCACAAAUAAAGUUGGCAGCAACGACAGGUUCGCCUCAUGGCUCCUGAACAGACCCCAGACAACUGCUGUGCCAGUAACCAACUUCAGGCAUACCAGUUCGGCGGCCGCAGAGCCCUUCCUCAAUGGCUCCAGCUCGGCGUACGUCGAGACUAUGUACAACACAUGGCUCGCUGACUCCAGUUCUGUUCACGCGUCAUGGGAUGCAUUCUUCCGCAAUGCGACGAAUGGCGCUCAACCCGGGUCGGCGUACACCGCGCCGCCCAACUUGGCGCCAUACAACAAGAAUGAAGUCCCUCUCACAUCGCUCGUACCCUCCGGCGCUGGCAUGCCAUCUAUCGCUGCAGGAUCGCCAAUCAAUGAGAAGAUCAUCGAUGACCAUCUGGCAGUGCAGGCUAUCAUCAGAAGUUACCAGUCUCGUGGUCACCUAGUGGCGCAGUUAGACCCGCUGGGCAUCGCCACCGGGGACCCCACAUCCAGUGGCGAAUGGCACGGCGGCUUGCGAGCCUUCGCAAACGAGGCCGUCAUUAGACAACACGUCAGAUUCGAUGAAGCUGAUAUGGACAGAGUGUUCAAAUUACCAUCAACGACUUUCAUUGGCGAAAAAGAGAAAGCGUUACCGUUGAGAGAGAUCCUGAACCGUCUAGAACAGGCUUACUGCAACAACAUCGGUAUCGAGUUCAUGUUUAUCAACUCUCUGGAACAAUGCAACUGGAUCAGGCAACGCAUCGAGCCUCCCAACGUCGGCAAGAUGAGUAACGACCAGAAGAGGUUGAUCCUUGCACGUCUUACCAGAUCCGCUGGAUUCGAGAACUUCCUGGCGAAGAAAUGGUCGUCAGAGAAGCGUUUCGGUCUGGAAGGCUGCGAGAUCCUGAUCCCGGCCAUGAAGCAGGUCAUCGAUGUCUCCACUCGUCUUGGUGUUGAGUCCAUCAUCAUGGGCAUGCCCCAUAGAGGUCGUCUGAAUGUGGUAGCUAACGUCUGCCGCAAACCUCUUCACCAGCUGUUCACUCAGUUCGCCGCCCUCGAAGCCGAAGAUGACGGCUCUGGUGACGUGAAAUACCAUUUAGGUACAUACAUCGAGCGUCUUAACCGUGUGACAAACAAGAACAUUCGUCUGGCUGUCUGCGCCAACCCGUCUCACUUGGAGGCCGUGGAUGCUAUCGUGCAGGGCAAGACCCGUGCCGAACAGUUCUACCGCGGUGAUAAUGAGGGCAAGAAGGUCAUGUCCCUCCUCCUCCACGGUGACGCAGCGUUCGCCGGGCAGGGCGUGGUGUUCGAGACCAUGCACUUAUCGGACCUGCCCGCAUACACCACGCACGGCACCAUACACAUCGUCGUCAACAACCAGAUCGGCUUCACCACCGACCCCAGGCAUUCCCGCUCUUCUGCUUACUGUACCGAUGUGGCCCGCGUAGUAAACGCCCCGAUCUUCCACGUGAACGGCGACAACCCCGAGGCGGUGAUGCACGUGUGCAACGUGGCGGCCGAGUGGCGAGCCACCUUCCACAAGGACGUCGUCAUCGACAUCGUCAGCUACCGCCGCAACGGACACAACGAGAUCGACGAGCCCAUGUUCACGCAGCCCCUUAUGUACCAGAAGAUUCAUAAGACUAAGCCCGUUCUCGAGAAGUACGCCGAUCAACUGAUCAGCGAGGGAGUAGUCACCGCCGAGGAAGUGAAAGACGUAAAAGACAAAUAUGAGAAGAUUUGCGAAGACGCAUACACUCAGGCCAAGCAAGAGACCCACAUUAAGUUCAAGGACUGGCUCGACUCGCCCUGGUCUGGCUUCUUUGAGGGCAAGGACCCCCUUAAGAUGUCCCCAACCGGCGUUGUAGAAGAGACUCUAGUGCACAUCGGCAAACGUUUCUCAUCCCCUCCCCCGAACGCUGCUGAGUUCGAGAUCCACAAGGGUCUGCUGCGUAUCCUGAAGGCUCGCAUGGCGAUGGUGGAGAACAGACAGGUGGACUGGGCGCUGGGAGAGGCCAUGGCCUUCGGCUCCCUGCUUAAGGAAGGCAUCCACGUCAGGCUGUCCGGAGAGGACGUCGAGCGAGGCACCUUCUCACACAGACAUCACGUGCUGCACCACCAGAAGGUGGACAAGGCGACGUACUGCUCGCUGUGCCACCUGUACCCCGACCAGGCGCCCUACACCGUCUGUAACAGCUCGCUCUCCGAGUACGGUGUCCUCGGCUUCGAAGUAGGCUACUCAGUAACAAACCCGAACGCUCUCGUCCUGUGGGAGGCGCAGUUCGGAGACUUCAACAAUUGCGCCCAGUGCAUCAUCGACCAGUUCAUCUCCAGCGGCCAGUCCAAGUGGGUGCGGCAGUCCGGCCUCGUGCUGCUGCUGCCGCACGGCAUGGAGGGCAUGGGUCCCGAGCACUCGUCGGCCCGGCCUGAGAGGUUCCUGCAGAUGUGCGCCGACGACCCCGACUACAUGCCACCUGAAAGCCCUGACUACGAAGUCCGUCAACUCCACGACUGCAACUGGAUCGUGGCGAACUGCUCGACUCCCGCGUCGUACUUCCACAUCCUGCGGCGACAGAUCGCGCUGCCCUUCCGCAAGCCGCUCAUCCUCAUGACGCCCAAGUCGCUGCUGCGUCACCCCGAGGCCAAGUCCUCCUUCGACGAGAUGAAGGAUGGAUCUAGCUUCAGAAGAGUGAUUCCCGACGACGGAGUGGCAUCUCAGAACCCGCAAGGCGUCCGCAAGCUGUCGUUCUGCUCCGGCCGCGUCUACUACGACCUGCUCAAGCACAGGCGCGAGAAGGGACUCGAAAAGGAUAUUGCUAUUGUCAGAGUUGAGCAAAUCUCGCCGUUCCCCUACGACCUGAUCAAGGCCGAGAUCGAGAAGUACCCGAAUGCCAACAUCGUAUGGAGCCAGGAGGAGCACAAGAACUCCGGCUACUGGCAGUACGUCGAGCCCAGGUUCCGCACUCUAUUGCAGAACCAGAAGACUGUCACUGCUAAGCCUGAAAGGGGUAACUGGUUUAGCCAGCUUUUCGGGCGGGAAGAGAAGCCUGUCUCGGUUGACGAUGAACCAGUGCCGCGCACCGUUAGUUACCACGGCCGUGCGACCGCCGCCGCCCCCGCCACUGGAUCCAAGGCCGCCCACAACAAGGAGCUUAGGAACCUUCUCGAAGAGUUCUGCGUGCUAUAAACGAGUCACCCACUGUCAAACACGAACAUUAGCGAUGGCAAUCCCGAAUGGCUAGCUUUCAUGCAACGCAAACUUACACGGUUAUAGUACCAAUCAAACAGAGCCAUUCAUAGACCAUCACUAUCAAACUAUAUACUGUUCAAACAAAGUAAACAAAACAAGAUUUAUGCCAUAUUAAAACCACAUUAAAUAACUACGUAAUUUAUCUCGAAAAACAAUGUAUCUUUGACAUGAUCAUUUAUUUUUGUCGAACGAAAUUUAUUUUUGUAUAAUAUUGAAAAAUAUUGUUUUUCUCUUUACUCUCAGUAUUUUGUUGUAAUUCUCUUCAUGUUUAGGUAGAUUAGUUAGAUAAAUUAUUAUUUAUUUAUUUAAUGUAGAAUACGUGAUCUGUAGACCUACAUAAUUUAUUUUUAUUGUAAAAGCAAUAACGUAGUCUCCCGUAGUCUCCACUUUAAGACGAUGCGUAUAGAUAAAUAAUUACUUCAGAAACGAAAUGGUACAUUAAUUACAAAAUAGCGCUAAUACGCUGGUUGUAUUAUUUUCAUGUACAUAAUGGUUUAUUUUUUUAUAACUCGUAUUCGAUAUUUUUGUUUUAGUUUUGAAGUUGAAACGUUCCUUUUGCUAGUCCGAGGGAUACGUACGUAUAGACAUUGGUAAUCUUAUAAUGAAGCGCUGAAAUCGCACUUGGCAAACGACAUGGAAAGUAAUUGGACAUAUUUUAUUUUAAUAUUUUUUAAUUGUUUUUGUUUUGCGAAAAUAUAUACAACAAUAUAGUACUAUAAUGUCCGUAAAUAAUCGUAAUUCUGUUGUAGACAGUUCGCUUGCAAGUGCGGUUGUUACCACUACAUACAUAGCGUCGCUUUACGAUACUGUACAUGAGAUAUUAUUAGUUAGUGAGUUAAUGUCUAGUAACUAGGCACCAGUUUUUAAAUAAAUUGCACCUUAGUACAUAAAAUGUAUGUAAUGAAUAGUGGUACAUGGUCAGGUCGUUUUGGUUUGCAACCUUCCGGCCCCUGCGCAUAGGUUUAGUUCGCUCAUAGUUACCGCCGUUGUGAACGGCACGUUGUAAGGAAUAACACCAACAUCCAACGCUUUGUAUAAACCGACGCAUACUAUAAUUAUCUUGUCUGUAGUCAAUCUUCGAAUGUAUCUAUGUCGUUACCUAAUAUGUACGUAGAAUUUAAUGAAAAUGGUAAUUAUCUCACUAUUGUGACAGGUAGCCACGUGUAAACUUAAGCUUUAUUCAAAAUCCUAGUAUUAUGUGACAUUCAACCUAAACAUUUACUGCGGUUUAGCUUUCUAACACUAUUCGCAUGUGUAGGUGCAUUGUUUUACCUAUUGUUAAAAUUAACAUAUUUUGAUGUUCACGUAUUUUCGAUAUAUUAUAGACUCAGGACGCCGCUGAAGAAUAUCAAAGAAUUUAAUGAUAGGCAUUCUUUUGGCAAGUACUACCUGAGUCAUUUUAUUGCUAAAUGUUAGUUUGAUUUAGUUAUUUACAAAUAAAUAUACUAUUAAUUGAAUAAA